AUGGCACAGGCUGCACAACCCCCACCACCGCCGACAAGGCCAGAUACAACCAACCCAAACAACAACACCAACGGCGCAGACAACAACAUCCGCUUCUUUGGGUCUCAGAUAGGGGGCCGAUCCGUCAUCAACUAUGGCUACACCGACAUGCCGUGGAAGCUCAUGGCCUGGGAUAUCUACAACUUCUUCAAGUUCUUCUGGGCCAUCCCCUACAUCCUGUGGCCUCUUUCGCCUGCCGACUCGGCCGAGUUGACACUCCCGGCCUUGGUUGUGCUUCCGGUCUGGACCGCCAUUCUCUUCAUCACCCUCUUCUUCCUGGUCAACAGAAUUCUAUACUCGCUGCUCAACGGCGAGGGGGUUGAGUACCACUCGGAUCCCAAGUCACAUUGGAUGCAGAGCAACCUCGACCGUCUGGCUGUUACCUUCAAGCGGCCGAUUCUUGGUAUUCACAACAAGACCUCUGGCAUUCUGUUCGACGUUGUCGAGUGUCUUAUCCAGCGCAACUGGGGCUACGCUACCAAAGAUGUGCGCGUCUGCUACCAGAUUAUCAAGCAGAAGCUCUACAGCUCGCAGUACUCCAAACUCACAGCUCCAGGUUCUUCCGACGCAAAGCCUUUCGAGUAA